AUGACCAAGACACAGACUAUGACGUUGUCGCCCGUCCAAGAAAUUCAACCGCCCGGCCCAUCGCCUCGGGAGACAUUCGAGCUGAGCCUAAAAGCGCCGGGAAAAUCACUUCGAGAAUUAUCACGACGAGUAGUCCACGGGGCGCCAUCCGCUCCGUCGUCUGGACGUGCCUCCUCAUCGGACGAAGAGGACACCAUUCGCGAGGAAAUCGAACCACCCACAGAUUCUCACGCCGUGGUCCAGGUUCAGCGAUGGAACGAACCAAAAGGAAAUAUCGCGAGGCUCGGGUUUUCGUUCUUCUCGUUCAUUGUCACUGGAUUGAAUGAUGGGGCUGUUGGCGCGCUGAUUCCAUACCUCGAGACAUACUAUCACCUCUCCUACACCACCGUGUCGUUAAUCUUCCUCACGCCCUUUGCAGGCUACUCGCUCGCGGCCUUCACGAAUGCCUCGAUCCACAGCCGCCUCGGCCAACGGGGGAUCGUCAUCCUAGCUCCCCUAUGCCAUAUCAUCACGUACGCGAUCUUAUCUGCACAUCCGCCGUUCCCUGUACUCGUCAUUAGCAAUACAAUCUCGGGCUUCGGCAACGGACUGACAGACGCGUGCUUUUGCGCGUGGAUCGGCGUCAUGGAUAAAGCCAACGCCGUGCAAGGGUGUCUGCAUUCUUGCUACUCGCUGGGCGCAUUGUUCGCGCCGCUGAUCGCCACGAGUAUGGUCGUGCAUGCGAAGCUGCCUUGGUAUACCUUUUACUACUUCAUGGCGGGUGCCUCGGUCCUCGAACUCGUCGGUCUGACCGUGACCUUCUGGCGCAAGACAGGCGCGGUAUACCGUCUCGAGCACCCCAGGGAAACCACGACCGAAGCAAAAGGCGGCCGCACGCGCGAAGCACUCAAGUCCAAAAUCACCUGGAUCUGCUCGCUCUUCUUUUUCACGUACAUGGGCGUUGAAGGCGAUCGUUCUGACACAUUCUGGAUAGUUGGCCUCGGCGGCUGGAUCGUGACAUUCAUGCUCCGCGUCCGUUCCGCCUCCCCUUCCGCGUCAGGCUACUCCGGCACCGGCUUCUGGGCAGGCAUGGCCCUCGGCCGCGCGACGCUGGGGUUCGUGACCGAACGCUUCGGCGAAAGGACGUGCAUCUCGAUCUACCUGGCCCUGUGUCUCGCGCUGCAACUCGUGUUCUGGCUCGUGCCGAAAUUCAUCGUCUCCGCGGUCGCGGUCGCGUUGCUGGGAUUCUUCCUCGGCCCCAUGUUCCCUGGCUGCGUGAUGAUGGCGGCCAAGUUGCUCCCCAAGCAUAUCCACGUCAGUGCUAUUGGGUUUGCAAUGGCUAUUGGUGGGACGGGUGGCACAGUGUUCCCGUUUGCCAUUGGGGCGAUUGCGAGCAGUAAGGGCGUUAAAGUGCUGCAGCCGAUUGUCCUGGCGUUGUUGGUGGUGCUGCUCGGGUUGUGGUUGAGUUUCCCGAGGCUGAAGAAGAGGGAGUAG